AUGGUUAAACUGGAUGGUCAACAAAUUAGCGACGCGAUCGAAACCCGCAUUAAGUAUUCAGAAAGUUCCGUGAAUAAGCAACCUCUAAAAACCGAUCCCAAUGACGUAGGGGGUUGCUUAUUCACGGGACCUUACGGUACUUCAAUUGCCUCUAUGG